GAAAUGCCGAAGCUUGCAAAAAAUUAUAGUAUAAAAAUACAGUGAAACCAGUGUUUUAAUUACACUUAACUAAAGUCCUCAUACCAAAGAGCAGCAGUUAAUUAAGAAAAAUGAAAUUCUUCACAGUACUCUUGUUUAUCGCCGUCGCCUUGGCCUUUGCUGAUGCACAAUUUUUCUCUGGUAGGCGCGGUGGUCGACGUGGUGGUAGAGGUGGACCAGUAAGAGGAUUCGGCCCACGCGGUCCUCAAAGAGGCGGUGCAUUCCGUCCAGGUCCAGGCUGUCGUGGCCGUCCAAGCUUCAAUUCAACUGCCGCUCCGAUCGUCUCUUCAAGUGCUGCACCUGCUGCCAAUUCAACUGCCGCUCCGGUCGCCUCUUCAAGUGCUGCACCCGAAGUCAGUUCAUCUGCCGCACCAGUCAAUUCUUCAUCAGUUGCUGCAUAAGUUCUAAUGUCCUUUUUGAAUACCGAAUUUGUAUAAAUAAAUAAAAAUAUCUCGCAA